AACUGACGAUUCCACGCCCAGCUGCCCGAGUCAUCCGUGAAGAUGAAGCUUGACACUCGUUCAAGUGCGGCUCUGGUCGCCCUCUCAGCAUUGACGGCUGUCGCCCAUGCAGAAGAUGCUCUUUACAGCCAGCGUCUACAGAAGCGUGGACUCGAUGCCGACGGAAACUACAACAUCUCUUUCUUCCACAUCAAUGACGUACACGCUCAUUUGGACGAAUUUAGUUCUUCUGGGACUGACUGCACCCGGCCGGAGCGCGGAUGCUACGGAGGUUAUGCGCGUGUCAAGACCAUUAUUGAGGAGCAGCGCCCCAACUACGCGGACAGCCUGUGGUUGAACGCCGGCGAUGAGUUUCAGGGCACCUUGUUCUACAGCUACUAUGGUGGCGAGAAGAUUGCCGAAGUCUUGAACGAACUCAAAUUCGAUGCGAUGACGCUCGGCAACCACGAGUUUGACGGCGGCGAUGCGGCGCUUGGAGAGUUUCUCGUCAAUCUCACAUUUCCCGUCAUCAGCGCCAAUGUGCACUCGCAGGAUGAGAAUGUCAACAAGACAGUGAAGCCCUACACGAUUUUUGAGAAGCACAACUUGGCCUUGAUUGGCGUUACCGCAGAAGAGACAGCUAGUCUCAGUAACUCUGAUGUGACAACCGUCUUCUCCAACACGGUUGAGUCUGUGCAAGGAGCCAUUGACAAGAUCAAGGCCACUACCAACAUCACAAGAAUUGCUGCUCUUACUCACAUUGGCUAUGAUAAGGACCAGGAACUUGCUAAAUCGACUACUGGUCUCCACCUGAUUAUUGGCGGUCACAGCCACACCCUGCUUGGUGAUAUGAAAGACGCCGAGGGCAAGUACCCUACCAUUACCAAGAACAAGGAUGGCGAAGAAGUUUUCAUCGUUACUUCUUACCGCUGGGGCGAGUAUGUUGGCUACAUCGACGUAACCUACGACCCCGAGGGCAAGAUUCUUGCGUACCACGGUGCACCCAUCCACCUCACCAACACCACAAAGCAGGACGAGGAUCUGCAAAAGGAGAUUGAAGCAUGGCGCAUUCCUUUUGAGGAGUUUGCUGCCGAGGUUCUGGGCACAACCAAGGUCGAGCUCGACCAGACCACUUGCCAGCGCCAGGAAUGCUUGCUAGGAGACUUCAUGGCCGAUGCCAUGUUUGCGUACCGAAAGAACCUUACCGAAAAUGUCGAUUUUGCCCUUAUCAACGCCGGCGGCAUUCGCGCUACCAUCGAUCAAGGCGACAUCACUCGCGGCGAGGUCCUCACCUCGUUCCCCUUUGGCAACGCCAUUGUGCAAGUCGAGAUUGACGGAAAGACACUCUGGGAGUCUAUCGAAGGCAUCUUGACUGGAGUCAACGUAGGCAAUGGCAGAGAAGUCACGUCUUUCCUGCAGGUCAGCUCUGGCAUCAAGAUCGAAUACAAUCCCGAAAACGGCAACAAUACUAAGCUCAUCGCCGUGACCAUUGGCGACGCGCCCCUGAAAAACGACACAAAGUACCAAAUGGUAACGCUCGACUUCAUCGCCGGCGGCGGCGACAACUUCUUCGAGCCCACGACCGACUUUGUUACUCUCGACACCCAAGAUGAGGUUUUGACCUCGUACAUCCAGUCCCAGUCUCCCGUCGACAUUAAGCUUGAUGGCCGCAUUGAGGAGGUUGACCGCCAAAGAGAGGACACUGUUGUCCCUGGAAAUAGCACUACCAAUGGUACCACCAACGGUACUUCCCCUACGACUGGUGUGCCACCCCAACAGACCCAGAAUGCAGCUGCAGCCCUUGGCCAGGGUGCUGUCAGCGCGUUUAUCGUCGGCACUGUUGCGGCUCUGUUGAUGUUUUGAGCGAAUGCCGGGUUCGGACGCUACGUGUAAUGUAAAAUAAUGUCGUAAAUAUGAUCAUGUCUAAU